AUGUGCUCUGACCCGGUCUGCACCACGUCCAAGUGCAACUCGAUCCUGAACAGUGUUCUCUGUGCUUUUCCGUUAUUUUUACAUUUGUCCCUUCUCCUUUCAGGUGUAUGGACUGUUGGUGGGCUGGAGGUUUCGACAGGUAAAGUGUCGUCGAUCGAAGCAAUGAAUGGCUCCACGGUUCUGCUGCCCUGCACCUAUUCUUCUUGUAUUGGCAUCAAAAACCUCUACUUCAACUGGCAAUAUAAUGACAAUGGAACCUUCCCAAAGUUAUGUGAAGGAGAGAUUUCCAUGGAGGGUGUGGAGCCGAAGGUCAACGUGUACCACGAGCGAGUGGAGUUUGUCGGUUCGUCAAAGACUAACAACAUCUCCAUCUUGCUGUGGAACAUCACCUUUGAAGACGAAGGAGAGUACAUCUGUUUUGCCAGGAACCCGAAAGAGAAGAACCGCAACCACAGUGCUGUCUUCACUCUUCUAGUGGUGGACCAAAUGAAGGAGGUUGACAAUACUUUGACAGUCAUUAUUGUCUCAGUGCUGGGUGGAGUCAUUGGCUUAGUGAUCAUUGUCAUGGUGAUAAAGGCUCUGGUGGUUCAUUUCCUGCUGAAGGAUGACGAGAAGAAUAAAGAGUGCCUGGUGAGCUCCUCAGGGAAUGACAACACAGAAAAUGGACUAUCAGGAGCCAAAGCUGACAACAAAGGGACACCAAAGGCUUGAAAAUGCAAAGUAUGUCUGUAUGUUUGUAUAUAUGUUAGACAAAUGUACACGCUCAGAGAAAAAGCUGUUAUCAGUGGACUGUUUUAUCUUACUAGUGGCUAACUAAUACAACUUGUAAAUGUCUAUUUUAAAUCAUGCUUGAGAUUUGGGAAGUGUGAAAUGUGCAUCGGCCUGGAUCGCUCUCUCACUUACAUGGCAGCCCAAUUGUUCCACAGUGCACAGCCUCUGUCAUUGAAUUCAGCUCUACAUUUUACUGAACCUAACACUUUCGCUGAAAUACAGUUUCUAAUUUUACACACUUGAGGUUUCCACUUUAACAUUUUCUUACUUAGGUAAGUCCUCAAAAUAUUAUUAAUGUUAUUUAUUUUUUCUAUGUAUGUAAUAACUAUCCCAUUACUUUAGAGGAAACUUUGCACAAAGCCAAUCCUCCAUUGCAGUUUUUGUAUAGACCAAAUUUAAGCCUUUAACUUCCGCUCCAAAAUAUACUUUCCAGUCUCAGUUGACAAGCCAUCAUCAGUUUGAUUCUUAGUUUAAAAUUCACAAGGUUCUCAUCUGUUCCACAACUCUUAGUCAAACUUGGACCCAAACUAAGCUGACCACACUUUGGUACCACAAUGAAUUGCCAUAAUCUGUAAACUGCCAUGAUGUUAGCUGAACAACAGCACAAAACAGCUGAAAAGCUUCUCUCCACCCUUCACGACACUGACAUAAAUCCACCUGUGAACACAAGCCAGAGGACCAUAAACAGAGAAUUUUUUUUCAUAAAUCAAAGCAGACAUUUUCCAGUCACUUUCAAUUCAAACAAUCUGUAAAUAAAACAGGUAAAUACACUUUUGACACUGCUUGUAAAAUGGCAUUUUAACAUUUGAGGAUUGGGUUCGGCAGUACUGAUUGAGGGUGUUUAAAAACAACUUACUCUGCUUGUGUUGGUUUUCCAGAGGUCUUUAAUGCUAUUUUUUGUCCCCUGACCUUUUCCCCCUGAUCCACUGACCUUAUCCUCUGCCAUGCCAGUCUGAACUUUAAUGUUUACUGCCGGGUCCAGGUUAGACACACUGGUUGGGUGUUCGGUUCAUUAAUGCUGAUGGUAGGUUUUGAUAGAAUGCUGGCUAAACCAAGGCUGACAACUGGGCUUUGCUGAGGUGACUGAAGGAUCCAGUUCUGCACAGGUUUUUAUUGUUUUGCUUUAGAUAAACACAGGUGCCUGUUCUGCUUCAGCUCCCUCUGCUGGUGGGAGGGUAAAAACACAGAAAAUGUAUUAAAAAAAACAAAACAAAAAAAAAAACAACACAACCCUAACCCUCAUCAAAGACAAUCCCCAGCCUACCCAGCUCCCUAUAGAAAGGAAUGACUUAAUCAUGCUGCUUCUGACUAAUAACCAAUGCAUUUUUAGCAUGUGCGCAUUUUAUAUAACUUCAUAUAAGUAUACGUUGCACCACAGUACAGGAACAUUUCCGUGCGUCUCCGUCUGGUUCCAUUCAAUUCUACAAAUCAGCCUAAAGUGUCGGAAGCUCUGUCAACACCCCUCCCAACACUGCUACAACUUUUUUUAAAACCCCUUUAACCAGGUCAGUGAAGUAAAAUUUUUAUUGUAUUGGCCUGCAGGUAUCACUGGGAAAGAAAUGGUGAAAGACAUUUUACACUUACUCCGAAUGUAAGAAUGUUUUAUUAACUCUAAGUUUGAGUCAUACAGUUACGCAACUUUGUGAGAGAAGUUUCAAAAGUUGGCACUUUUCUUCAUGGCGCACCAGGAUAUACUGUAAGUGAGGAGUGCAACAAAUGGAGUUCUCCACAUGCUAAAUUCUCAUACAAACUCGAUGAGAACCUCAAAAAAACACCUUAACAACACUAUGUAUAUUUGUUAUUGUGCUACAGGCCAAACAAGUCCAUUGGUACAGCCUUAGUGGUGCAGGUAGCCCAGCAGUGGGACAAAUCACUGCAAAAGAAUGUAAAGACUGUCAGGGAACACAUGUAAAAUAUUGUCCAAAAAGUAAGUUUUAAUUCUUUACAAAUAUUAUAUCCAAUAUUAGUAUUAUUAUCAAGUGAAUGUGUGAAUAUCCCCCAAGAGACGUAGUAAAAUGUUGUUGGCCCACUAUAAUAUUCUAUGUAAGUCUCCAGCUACUGACUGUAUUUCAAAACUUUGGGCAUCGAAGAUUAUAAGAAGCUUGAUUAGAGAACCAGUGUAUUAGCACUUAAAAAAUUCUUAGGUAUUCAAGAGUUUAGUGGGCAUAUAUAAGAGUACAUUGAUGCAUGAAAAAAAAAGAAGAAUGUGUAUGGCAGAACAUGUCCAAUUUCCCCCAACAUUUAAGAGUUUUUUUUGUUGUUGAGGAGAACCAAAAAGUUGGCAUAUUCCUCAUAACAUCACGUCUACACUUCAUCCUGCGAUAAGUCAACAGGGAUGAGCUCAGUGCUAAAAAUGCCCAAUGAAACCUAGAACACCCUCUUAGUGCGACUCUCAAUAUGAGAAGUCACUUCUGUGAAGCCGCCGGACAGACAUGACCUGCUACACCCACAUACCUUAGUGCAUAGCGUGAAUAGCUACAACAGCUGAAAGCUACACACGAGCUACACACAAGCAUAUACCUACAUGUAUACUUAACUACAAAGAGCCACUUUGAUACCAGAGUAUAGCACACUGGCCUUGCGUGCAAACAAUACAGCACUUUACCGGUGGUCGGAGUGACUUCAUGAAACAACAAAUAAUGGAAGUGACCUCACAGUCAUCCUUCUUUUAUAAUAUAUUAUGAGCAUUUUGGGGGAAAACAAAACAUUUUAACAUUGUCAUUUUGACUGAGUACCUGACAACAGCACUGUGUUGACAUGGUUUUAACACUGAGUACAUGCUGUCUCACUGGAACAGAACUCUAUGACAAAAUUUUCUUUUAUUUUUCUACUUGUUCACUUCCGUCCGCCUGCUGCUCUCUAAUAUUGGAGUGCAUUUCCCUUCUUGCUUUCAAUGGAAGCAAUAAGACAGACAUCAGAUUAUGCAAUAACCUGUUAUAAGGCACUUUAUAGAUGUGUCUGGACUGGCUGGCAACUGUCUUUCCAAGGCACGGAUCAAUGUACCGAUGUAUGUAUCUACACUACACAAAUGUAUCUUAGUUGGACUAAUGUAUUAACAUUAGGAUCAUAUAUCUACAUUAGACAGAUUUAUCUGCAUUGGAUCAAUCUAGAUGAGGUCCCAUUUACACUUGGCACAGAAUUCCGUUAGGAGAUGGAAGGUAAAUCAGGCAGAACUAAAGCUCAAAGCUACAUUAUAAAACACAUUUUGACAUAAAAGCCCGUCUGUACCUAUUUUGCGAAACUUGUAUCUCGACUGAAUUCUGAGUACUGAUUUAACCAUACGGCAUCUAUAUUUAGUAGUCCGGUGGAUGGUGGCCCUUUGAGCUCAAUGCACUUGAAACAAAACACAAGCAAAGUAAGAAAACAUCUUACGAAACAACCCAUGUCCAGGAUGUAGAACAAAUGCUGCAAAGAUGACACACACACACAUAUUGCAUUGCAUAUGGAAAAGCUUUUCAGUAUUUGCAGUGGACUGCGGCAUUUUUUAAAAACACUGUCAGAUUGAUGAUAUUAUCUUAGUUUACUUGUGUUUUGGCUAUUUGAAUGAGUUUCCUAAAAUAGAGCAUGUUGUUGCUCUCAGGGCUACCACACUAAUCACUUCCAAAGAGCCUGAUUAAAGUCCGAUUGCUAUUUGGCACCUAUAAAACACCAUGCAAGAUAAUUCGUGUCCUGUGUUAAUCCUUUCAUAAAUGCACUGCAUUUUUUCUGAGUUUAUCUUAACAGCAACCCUUGUUGUAACCAUAGAAAACAUUACUACUGCCCUAAAUCAUAUAUGCUAUUGGCACUUGUGAUUGCCAAUUCAGUGACGUUAUAUACUGAGACAACCUCUGUUUGUCAUGAAUGUCUUUGGAAAAUGGAUGUGUUCACUUAACACCAUCUGCAUCAAUGUGUCUCAGAUUACGUUCUGAAUUCUUUCAGGCAAUUAGAUUUUAUUCACUAAACUGAUACAAUGCAGAAGCAUUUAUGAAACAACGCAGCGUAAAUCAGGGCACACAUUGGUUUGAAAUCUCACUCACUGGGCGACUUAGGCGCUUUACGAAGUUUCAAAUGGAAUUUUAUUGCUGGGUGUAAAUGGGAUCAGAAAUGGUCUGUGUUCAUAGAACUCAGUGAUUGAUUUGUGAUGUACUAAUGUGAGUACUGUAACAGCUACUAACAUUGAAACUAUUCGUGUGCAGUGUUAGAAGUGAUACAGUAUCUUUGUUAUGCUGUAAAAAUGUGAAUGUUAUGGAUAUAGGGAAGCACUACACACACACACACACACACACACAUGCUCACACACAAACAAACUGACACACAUGCGUACUCACACACACACAAACACACAUGUCUAACCAGUCAUGUGCAGAUCCCUCUGUAAGGAGGGUAUAUACAUCCAAAGUCUUCCUGUAGGGAAAAGCAAUAUUGUGGAGUUGAUCCGUCUGUUAGUGUACUUUCCUUCCCACCCACACCUUUAACCUCGACAUAGCAUUACAAAUACAGUAGGUGGUUUCAUGUAGGGAUUGUGAUGCAUAACUCCAAACUAUAUAUUUGUGGCCACAGCUCCCAUUGUUUGGUCCACAUUUUCUGUCAUCCCAGACUUUAUUUUCAUGUUUUCUGAAGUGAAGCCCAUUAACCCUGCCAGAAAAAAAAGUCUUUCUUCUCUCUCCCAGUUUAUUAAGUGAAAAAACUCAAUAUAAAAAAAUCUGCCUAGCUAAACCAGACAUGUGAAUAUAAAGAGGGUGCAAGAGUGAUGCUCUGCUUUAAUAACAACCAGGCAUAUGUGUGGCAGAUAAAAUAAUGCUGCCUGAUUUAAUGCGUUAAUAUCUAGUUGUGGUACAGUUACCUUCAUAAUCCUGGUAAUUUUUUUUGUAAAAACAGAUUUGUGUUUUCUUCUUGGUAUUCUGAUCUGUCUUGUCGUCCUCCAAGAGACACCUGUCCUGAAUCUCAUGAGUCUUGAGGCCAGACAGCUGCUUGCAGUGAUUGCUGCAGUACAGAGUGUGCGCUGUACAGUGUAGAAUGCUCCUCUGCAGUGGUGCAAUACAGGGCAGUAAACACAGUGCGACUGCCACCCAGUGGUAAACGUCUAACACAUCAGAUGAUCUUCUUCUAGUGCACGUCAACGACACAUACAACAUGCAUUCAUUGCAUUUUGAUUGGGACUAUAAGGACAGCAUAAUUUUUUAUCGCAAGCUGAAUUAUAAUUUUUUUGCAACUGUGGGAUAAAAUUAUUGCCACAGUUUUCACAGUUAAAACAACACAUGACUACACACAGAGCUGCAGCUGUUGCUACUGCUUUAUACAAUGCUAAUAGAUAGACUGGAAAAAAAAACCCUGUGUCAAAUUAAAGGGAUAUUUACAUUCAAAUAGAGGAGAUAUGUAGGUUUACACAAAGUCUAUCCAUGAAACACAAAAUGUUGGUCCUUUGUCAAAUCUUGCCAACUGACAGCUACAGUAAGAUUGAAAUAGUUACAGGUGGUGUUUUAGGAUUACUUCAAGAUUACCCACUACAGUAACAAAAUGUAGGAAUUUCUGACUGACCAAUAUGAUUCCUUAGAGUUAGUAUUGCUCUUACUGCCAGAGCGGCUGAAACUCAUACUGCCAAUCCAAGAGUCUCAUGUCUGCUGUUGUUACAACACUAUUACAAUGACACACAACUCACACUUACAUGUUGUAUUACUGUCUGAACAGCUGUACUAAUGGCAUUUCAGAACUCAGCUGUAUAUGAUAUUGCUCUGUACUACAUCUGUAUUUCUAGCAGCAGAAACUUACACUGCCAAGCCAAGAGUCUGACGUCUGCUCUCUUCCUCCCACAUUCCACACCAGAGCUCCGACGGUUAGUCGAUUAAAAAGGAAGACUAAUUGUAAACUUUUUUAAACAACCGUUUGUUUCAGUAACUUUUUGAGCAAAAAAUGCCAAAAGUUUGACGGUUCUGUGUUUUCAAAUGUGAGAAUUUGCCACAUUUUUUGCCUCCCCCUUGUUUACACAACAGUAAAAGUACAAGAGAUGGAAUGACGUCACCUUGUGCUUCAAGAAAUUGUGAUGGGCUUUUUUGGACCAUUUUCUUGACGUUUUACAGACCAAGCCAUCGUCGGAUCAACUGAAAAAAUACAAAUAAAAAUCAUCUGAAAAUGAAUAAAAUAAGGAUUAGUUGCAGUUCUAUUUCACACAAAUUUAAAGUUGAAACUACUGAACUUUAACUUCACUGCAAUCCUGACUCAAGGAGAUGAUGAAUGAAAUAAGUUAAAACAGGAGAAAUAUGUUCUUAUUUGGUACAAACACGUGUAAGAAUUUUGAGACAGUCAACUAUGUUUAAAGUAUUGGUAGUGAUGCCAAACUAUGAUGCAUGCUGUGAUCUAUUAUGUGUCGAUAUUAUCUAGCAAACUGCCUCCUAUAAUCCUUGAAAGAGAUUAUCUUAUAGACCAAGGCUAGCUAACUAGACAUUUGAAGCACAGGCUGACACUGACCUCUCCACCAUUUCUCACUGCAGUCCUGCAUUUUAAACUAUUUCAACAGUAUUUUUUACACACCCAGGGGCUGUAAAACAUAAAUGUAUCUUAAUCAAAGCAACUAACUCAUAGCUACACAUUUUAUCUUAACAAUCUAAGGACACUGAUGUUAUACAAAUUACAGUAUUUUAUAGUGAGUUGACAUCUUGCAGCGGAUUCCUAUAUUUUGCUUACAUCACCACCACAAUAUAUUCAACACGCACAUGUGCAAAAUCGACCUGCGACCCCAGUUUUCCUGGAUCAACUUUCCUGUGAAUGUUCAGCUGUUUGUCUGUGUUUUGUGACCAUGUUGCUCAUGCUCCCUUCAUGACUAUGCACCUCAAACUUUUGACUUGUUAAAAAAAAUACAUACCGAAAAUAAAAUGUUGAUUGAAUUUCCCAGA